CUGGUCUCGUGACAUUGGUCCGAAAGUCACGAGUACGGGCUGAGCCUGCAGCUGCAGUCGCAGUAUGGCCUCGGAGACGGAUGUACGCGCUCAGCUGCAGCGCGCGGGCCAGGAUCAUCUCCUGCGCUUCUGGGCCGACCUGGCUCCGGAGGCUCGAGCCGCGCUGCUGGCGGAGCUCGCCUCAUUGGAGGCCGACGCGCUGCGAGAGCACUGCCAGCGAGCCUCAGCCGCGGGCGCGCUAGCUCCGGGUCCUCUGCCAGACCUGGCGGCGCGCCUGCAGCCCCUGCCCCCAGAACGCGUGGGCAGCGCGAUCCGCUGCGACCAGGAGACACGCCUGCGGUGGGAAGAGGAAGGUUUCCGACAGAUUGCUCUGAACAAAGUAGCUGUCCUGCUGCUGGCUGGUGGGCAGGGCACUCGCCUGGGCGUCACCUAUCCCAAGGGCAUGUAUCAAGUUGGGCUGCCCAGCCAGAAGACCCUGUACCAACUGCAAGCAGAGCGGAUCCGGCGUGUUCAACAGUUGGCUGACCAGCGACUGGGGACCCACUGCACCGUGCCCUGGUACAUCAUGACCAGUGAGUUUACGCUGGGACCCACAAUCAAGUUCUUCAAGGAGCAUGACUUCUUCCACCUGGACCCCACUAACGUGGUGCUAUUCGAGCAGCGCAUGCUGCCCGCUGUGACCUUUGAGGGCAAGGCCAUCCUGGAACGGAAAGACAAAGUUGCCAUGGCCCCAGAUGGCAAUGGGGGCUUGUACCGUGCACUGGCUGACCACCAGAUCCUGGAUGACAUGACGCGUCGUGGUGUAGAGUUUGUGCAUGUGUACUGUGUAGACAACAUCUUGGUGCGGCUGGCUGACCCAACCUUCAUUGGCUUCUGUCUGCUCCAGGGAGCAGACUGUGGUGCCAAGGUGGUGGAGAAAGCGUACCCCGAGGAGCCAGUGGGUGUGGUGUGCCAGGUGGAUGGUGUCCCCCAGGUGGUGGAAUACAGUGAGAUCAGCCCCGAGAUUGCUGGGCAGCGUGGGGCUGAUGGGGGCUUGCUCUACAACGCAGGCAACAUCUGCAACCAUUUCUUCACCAGAGGCUUCCUGGAUAUGGUCACCAGGGAGUGUGAACCCUUGCUGAAGCUGCACGUGGCCGUGAAGAAGGUCCCAUACAUCGAUGACGAGGGACGUCUGGUAAAGCCACUAAGACCGAAUGGCAUAAAGAUGGAGAAGUUUGUGUUUGAUGUGUUCCAGUUUGCUAAGAACUUUGUUGCCUUUGAAGUGUGUCGGGAGGAGGAGUUCUCCCCUCUGAAGAAUGAUGACACAGCCGACAGAGACAGCCCCUCCACCUCCAGGCGAGCUUUGCUAGCUCAGCACUACCGCUGGGCUCUGCAGGCAGGAGCCCACUUCCUGGAUGUCCAUGGGGCCCAGCUUCCGGAGCAGUCUGGCUUGCUCCCAAAUGGAGACCCUCCUGCCGUCUGUGAGAUAUCGCCCUUGGUGUCUUACUCUGGAGAGGGGUUGGAAAUGUAUCUGCGAGGACGAAAACUCCAGUCUCCAUUCAUUCUGGAUGCGGACCAAGCCAGGCUGCUGCAGCCACAAGACUGCUGACCUGCCUGCUCCCAGACUUUCUGCCCGUGGGGUUCUGUAGGGAGGUGAUUAUGGCUCCGGGGGGCCAGGUUCUGAGUGGACAUGCUAACCUGCAGGACACCAAAGCAAGCGUGCUGGCUGGGACCCCUAUGGACUCUGGUUCUCUCUCUCUCUCUCUCUCUCUCUCUCUCUCUCUCUGUCUGUCUGUCUCUCUCUGUGUGUGUGUGUGUGUUGUUUAUUUUGUUUUUGCCUCCUUGCUGGCUUUGGGGCUGGGCUGAGAGGCAGGGUAUUGAGACCAUUGGAAAAUGGGGCUAAAAGAGGCUUCUGGGUAGGGGGGGGGAGGUGUUGUCUAAGAAGGCAGCAUAGGAGAGACCCUUCUAGCAUCUGCCCUCCCAUGCUCAGCGGACAGUGAGCUGUGCCAUCUGGGGUGUAGUUAAGAGACCUGCCCUUGGGCAGCGGGACAAUAAACUGGAGUGGGGCUGAGCAUGUCACCCCGCGUGCCAGCCAGGACCAGUAGUUGGAGCCUGGUGCCAGUGGUCAAGACUGGGUUGGAGAAUUCUGACCCGCAUACCCAAGAGGAAAGGUGAAGUCUCCCUGCCUUCUCUAGAGCUCUCCCACAGCCCGAGUCUCCCAGUCACACCCGCAAGGGAGCCUGGCUGCUGUGUCCUGGGUAUUUUCCUCCCAGAACGAGAGAUCACAGUGGUUGCCUUCUGCAACUGAUUUUGACCCAGUCAGGAGCACACCUCAUCUUGGUAAGCGCUUAGGGCGGAUACUCUGGGAUGGAGAUGUAGCUUCUGUGUAAAGCUUGGCUCUGUCUGCCGCCCAGCUUUGUUCUGUCACUGACACAGCCAACAGAUGUUAAUUCACAGCUGUUUUCCCAUGACACCGGCCCUUCCUGUAAUAGUGGUCAGGACAGGCAGCCUGGUCUGCAGCCACCUGCCCCCAGAUAUAUGGGCUUCUGCUCGUUCCCGUCAGCUUUUCCAGAAGAGGCCAGUGGAAGGAGUGCAUUCACCGUUUGGUGUGAAAGCAGCGGACACAGGUCUGGGAAAGGCGGGAGGAUCAGACCUGUGGCUGCCAUUGGUGGACCAGCGUGUAGAAGUUAAGCUGAGCUUUUGCUGGGCUCUGUGGCCAUCUUGCUGUACACCUCAAAAGCAAACGCUGUAUCUUGGACCCUUCUCUUACUGUUCCACAGACAAGCCAGGGCCCCUGGGGCAGGAAAGAUCAAAGGGAUGGAGAUGAAAACCUCUUGUCUCCUCUUGAGUAAACAAUCAGUUGGGUGGAUUCUGGAAGGGACUAAAAAAAAUUCAAAGAAAUCUCCAUGUCCUUUGCCCAUUU